UCAAUCCGAUCAUUCAAGUCAGCGGCCCGACAUCAAGCGUUAGUCAAGCAUCGGAUCCCCCAUCAUAUCCCCAGACACGCUCUCAGACGCGUGCCAAACCGAAUUUGAGUGUUCGCAUUCCUCAUCCCUCAGCGUUUUUUAUCAGUCGUCGUUCUUCCAAUUUCACCAAAUCGAAGCACGGUACUCCAACCACAAGCAGAUGCAGUACUCCCUGCCCUUCGCCCCUUCUUAAUCCUCAGUUCAAGCAUUUAAUCCCCGUCUCUUCGGACCUGUCGCUCUCUGACUUGCCAUCAGCCGCCGAACUUGGUUCUCGUGUUGCUAAUACCCCUCGUUCCCUCACACCCCAGCUCCCAAUAACGCCUUUGGAGCAAGUUAUGCGUCCCCCGUCUGCUCCCCCUCCCUUGAACCCUGCUCCUGUCGUCCGUGCUCCACGGGGAAGGAAGGACAUUGGGAUGAUGCCUGCUCCAGAUGUCUUUACACCCAUGGAACUCACAUUCGCCAAUGUCUCAGGGAUGGAGGUUGAAGUGGACAUUACCGUCUCGGGCGCCCUUCAAUCACCCACUGAAAUGGAUAUAGACGUUGACUUUGAGCCUUCUCUCCCUUGCGCCUCAAACGUCACGGAUCGAGAACGUUCCGAUCCCCAUCCAAGAUGGGGAUCAUCCCUGAAGAAUAGCUCGCUUUCCUCUCUCCCUGAACGUUCAAAAUCCUUCUCACACGCCUCGCGCAGUUCGACUCCCACUCAGAUCCUGUCGACGCAUUCCGUCCUUUCUCACACUCCUCACCAUUCGCGUCUCGGGAUUCCUUACUCGGGUCGUGCUCAGACCCCUCCUAGCAGCAUGUACCUGUCUCCUCUCGCGUCGCCCUACGAAAUCCCCUCGCCACCCUCGCACUCCCGCUCACAUACGCUCGCUCAGUCCCCUUCCAUGCCAUUCAUCAAGAAGCUGAGUGGCAGCAGCUCCUCUUCAGUCCACUUCUCGCCUAAUCUUCGCGCGAGUGCAAGCGUUCGGCCCAGUCCGCUUGUGAGAAGCAUGUCUCUCUCAGCGCUUGAGCAGGAUAUUGGUGAGGGAAUGGGGAUGAUCAGACAGGAGAUGGGAUUGGGUCUCGGCUUGAUUGUUGAAGGUGAAGGCGAGAGAACGCCGAAUUUGAGCUCCGAGAGCGAGAAGGGGUAUUUUGAUUUGAUAAUGACAAACAGGGGGAGUACCUAUGCCGAGGCAGAGCAGUAAAGGCCACAUUGGUUAUAAGCGUCUGUUUGGCGCUUCGGUUGUUGUAGCUCUGUUCAUCGUCACUAGGCCUCAUCGUCCACUGAUUCCCAGCAUUUUUAGCUUGUAUUUUUCGUCUUCUCCCUUUUUGACUUUACUGAACCCUGGACUUAACUGACGUAUUGGUUGGCAGAAUCAUUCUUCAAGUAUUAUUUUUAUGGCCAUCACUUCUCGCUCACUGGUUUACUGAUCACAAAAUUUUUCUGUACGUCUAGCAACGUUCCUAAGCGUCACGUUCACGGCGUACCUUGGUUUGGAUUUCUUGUCUAACACCCAACGACCUUCAUUUCCAUUUCUCGCCCACUUUCAAUGUUCUUAUGUCAUUCAUUCCGGUUCCGCAAACGUUCACUCGUCUAAUCUUUGUAUUAACCGGCAUUCUUUGCACCUAUGUUUCUUUGUAUCACAUAUGUAU